AAAAAACAUUCCGUCCGUCGUCCGUGCUUCGCACAGCUGUUACUCGUGCAAAUAAUGUUUUUUAAUUAAAUAAACGGUCCCAGUGUAAUUAAACUUAUCAUCUUUAUCAGUAUAAUAAUCACAAGACACGUAGAUUAAAGAUAAGGUAGAAAAAUACCGUCAGUACAGGUGUCUGGUUAACUAACUAACCUGGUAUUUCUGAAUCUUGUAAAAAAAAAAAAAAACAGGCAAAAUGAAUCUCUCCUGCAGCUCCCGGAUGAUCAAAUACUUAAUGUUCGUCUUUAAUUUACUGUUUGUGAUAUCAGGCAUCAUCAUAAUCGCCAUAGGGGUUACAGUAAAAACCGUUUAUACUGAAUAUGAGACCUUUCUGUCCACCCAAUAUUUCACCCUGCCCAAUAUGCUUAUUGCUACGGGGGUGUUUAUAUUCAUCAUAUCGUUCUUUGGGUGUUGCGGAGCGGUGAGGGAGAGCUGGAUCAUGCUUGGAAUAUUUUCCAUUCUCCUCUGUAUAAUCUUCAUUUUCGAAUUCGCUUCCGGUAUAGCCGGUUAUGUCUUGAAAGAUCAAACGGCAGAUUUCCUAGAAAAGACCCUUAGGGAGAACUUGGACACUUACAACGUCACCCAUGGGGUGUGGGAUCUAAUACAGCGCAGCUUUGAUUGUUGCGGAGUGGACAGCUACGACGACUGGAAAGGCAGAUUGAACCAAAGUGACCCUUACACUCUACCGAUUUCCUGUUGUCCCACCGUCAGUGGGGCUUUUGGGGCUUUUUAUUGCAACAGUUACAACCAUAGUGCCGCUCCAAGUACGACCACUUCUAUUUCUACUGUUACGUCAAGUAUUACAACAGAAACAAGCAAAACUAGUAGCAGUACCACUGUUUCUUCUACUAGCGCUGAUACAACUACCGUAACAAAUCCUGACUCAACAACUGGAAGAAAGCGACGAGACACGAACGAAAUCUCCACAAAUACGUCGAUUCCAGCCAAUUCUACGUCUAUUCCAUAUUCCACGGGGUGUAAAUCGGCAUUUGGAGACUACAUAAGGAAACACGCCCUACAAAUCGGGGGUUGUGCCUUAGGGUUGGCUAUAGUACAGAUUUUGGGAAUUUGCUUCUCGUGCCAUCUGGUGCGUCAAUUGAAAAACGGAUACUAUAGCACCUAAAUUUAACUUAAGCUUGUUAUAUCUACUUAUAUAUACCGAGGGGCCAUAUUUAGUGUUAAGGUUAAAGUAACUUUGUUUAUUUCGUUGGCAUUCCUGUACUUAAGUUUAGUUGAAUAAUAAUCGUAACGUUUAAGGAUCAAGUUGUUAAGUUUGACUUUAUUGGAAUAAAUUGACUAUUUAAGUG